CCGGCCCCCGGCACACAGCGCCCGCGGGAGGCAGCGAGGAGGGCGGCGGGGCCGCGCCGGCUCCUGCCCUCCGCUAGGUAGGGUCGCCAGGAGGUGGGAGCGCCGCCGCGGCCUGGGCGAGGCUGGGGAAGGAGCUGUGGCACGGCUGGGAACGCCGGGCUGGAAGGCUGCGGGACAGCGAUGAGCCACCCGGUCUUCCAGGCAGUUCUCCUUCACUCCUUGACUCCCGCGUCUGCUUGAAGCCAAGGAUUCUGCUAUACCUUCUGUGGAGCACCAGCAUACUACCUUAUGCUCUAUUUGCAGUUCUGCAGCUGCAGGAUUUGAAUGUAUUCCCAGAUGCAGGCUAAACAACUAAAAGUCUCUCUUAGGCAUCUGGUCUGUUUCUGGGAGUGGAUGAAGGUUACAGCAAAUGCACAAUAUCUCAGAAACCUUGAUCUGCAAUAUGCUUGAUGGCCACAGCAGGGCACUAAACAAUAUCAGAAAAAAGCCUCAGCAUUAAGACCUAUAAUUUCCACACGACUGGCUGGAAAACCAGUCGUCGCUGCCUUCCUGGUUCAGCAUGGCAUUUGGACCUGGUGUUCUUUGCCUGUUCCUAUGGACAAUAACAGGUUCCAGUUGUGAGCAGUGCAGAGAAGGCGCCACAUACUCAGGUGCAGUAAUAUCUCCCAACUUAGAAACCACUAAAAUCAUGCGAGUUCCUCAUGCUUUGUCAGUGUCCGACUGCAUUGCAGCGUGUUGUGACCUCUCUGGUUGUGACUUGUCCUGGAUGUUUGAACGGCACUGUUACAUCGUGAACUGCCAGCACAAGGACAACUGUGAACCUAAAAAAAUUGAAACUGUCAAGUCCUACCUUACCUUUGUGCUGAAGCCUUCUCAGAGGCCAGCCUCACUGCUAGGGUUUGGGCAAGUGAUCCCAAGCAUGGUGCACUCUGUGGGACUCCAGAAUGAGCCGUCAGAGGAAGUGAGUAGCCUGAAGAAGCUGUCUCUGCUUGGAAAAGAUCCCAGCCUUGAGGAGAUACCUGAAUACAUUGAUGAUUAUAAAGAGUUGGAGCAGGACCCCUUUCAGAUGGGCAUCAAACAUGAGCAGAAGGACAGUAUGGAUUAUGCUGACUGGGGCCUGAUAGUGGCAGGUGAAAAUGGUUUCAACACUUCCACAGGGGAUGAUGGAGAUAACCAAGAAGAUUUUGUUGAAAAGAAAGGGGGGCCUGGGAAGGUGGAAAGCUUUCUAAAUAAAAACAGCUCUGAACUGACUUCCGUCAAUGAACACUCCACAGAGAGGUCGUCUGUUCUGGAGAUUACACCACUCCCUGGGAAGACAUUUGAAAGGGAAGCAGCUGUUCCACUCCUUGCACAACCUGAGGAUGCUUUGCAAAAAGAGGCUGCUACACUUUCUUUUUCUUCAGAUGAACCAGAUUUCUCCCCGGGUUUGUCAGAGAAAACCCUGACUCCCACCGUGGCCCCAGAGAAUGCCACUGAAGGUGGAAUCAUGCUACUUCCCACUAAUACUGCACCAUCUGAGCCCAUGCAGCUGUUCACACCACCUGCUACUGCUGCUAAAGCAGUUAAAGAACUUACUGUAUCUGCUGGAGAUAACAUACAAGUGAUGUUACCAAAAAAUGAGGUCGAACUGAAUGCCUUUGCUGUCCCACCACCAUCUACAGAAACAUCCUACAUCUAUGAGUGGAGCUUAAUCAGUCACCCUGAUGACUACAGUGGGGAAAUGGAGCGCAGGCACAGCCAGACUUUGAAGCUCUCUCAUUUAUCAGUGGGACUUUAUGCCUUCAAAGUGACAGUUUCCAGUGAAAAUGCUUUUGGUGAAGGUUUUGUAAAUGUCACAGUCAAACCAGCAGUCAGAAUUAACCAGCCACCUGUUGCUGUUGCUUCACCCAAAGUGCAAGAAGUUUCCUUGCCUACAACUUCUACCUUCAUUGAUGGCAGUCAAAGCAUAGAUGAUGUGAAGAUAGUGAGUUAUCACUGGGAGGAAAUUAAAGGUCCCCUGCGAGAGCAGAAGGCAUCUGCUGACACACCUGUCUUGCACUUGUCUAACCUUGUUCCUGGAAACUACACCUUCAGACUCACAGUGAUUGAUUCAGAUGGAGCAGCCAACUCCACCAUUGCAUCUCUGACUGUCAACAAGCCAGUGGAUUAUCCACCUAUUGCUAAUGCAGGACCAAAUCAGGCAGUCACUUUGCCCCAGAACUUCAUCACACUGAAUGGAAACCAGAGCAGUGAUGACCAUGAAAUUGUCAGCUAUGAGUGGUCGCUUAGUCCCAAAAGCAAAGGCAAGGUUGUAGCAAUGCAGGGAGUGCGGACGCCGUACCUGCAGCUCUCCGCAAUGCAGGAAGGAGAUUACACGUUCCAGCUGACUGUGACAGACUCUGCGCGGCAGCGCUCCACAGCCGAGGUGACAUUGAUCGUGCAGCCUGAAAAUAACAGUCCUCCAGUAGCGGUGGCUGGCCCUGACAAGGAAUUGACCUUCCCAGUAGAAAGUACUACACUGGAUGGAAGCAAAAGCCAAGAUGACCAAGGCAUUGUCUUCUAUCAUUGGGAAAAUAUCAGUGGGCCAAGCUCUGUACAGAUGGAAAACACUGACAAGGCAAUAGCAACUGUGACUGGUCUCCAGGUUGGUACCUAUCACUUCAGGCUGACUGUGAAAGACCAGCAAGGCUUGAGCAGUGCAUCUGUGCUCUCCAUUACUGUGAAGGAAGAAAACAACAGUCCACCCCGGGCACAUGCUGGUGGGAAGCAUGUUCUAGUGCUUCCAAACAACUCUGUUACCUUGGAUGGCUCAGGGUCUGCUGAUGACCAGGGGAUUGUGUCAUAUUUGUGGAUUCGGGAUGGUCAAAGCCCAGCAGCUGGGGACGUGAUCCAUGGCUCAGACCACGAGGCAGUACUGCAGCUAACUAAUCUUGUGGAAGGAACCUAUAUUUUCCACUUGAAAGUGACGGAUGCUAAGGGAGACUCAGAUGUUGAUUCAGCAACUGUGGAAGUACGGCCUGAUCCCAGAAGGAGUGGUCUGGUGGAGCUGAUCCUGCAGGUUGGAGUGGGACAGCUAAGUGAGCAGCAGAAGGACACUCUGGUGAGACAGUUGGCUGUACUGCUGAAUGUUUUGGAUUCAGAUAUCAAAGUUCAGAAGAUACAAGCCUACUCAGAUAUAAGCACCGCAGUUGUGUUCUAUGUGCAGAACGGGCAUCCUUCCACGGUGAUCAAGGCAUCAGAUGUCUCACGGACUCUGCAUGUGCAGCUUUUGAAACAGAAGGCUGACUUCUUGCUUUUUAAAGUCCUGCGAGUUGACACAGCUGCCUGUCUUUUGAAAUGCUCUGGACAUGGGCACUGUGACCCCAUAACAAAGCGCUGCAUUUGCUACCAGCUGUGGAUGGAAAACUUGAUUCACCGUUAUCUAAAUGAUGGAGAGAGUAAUUGUGAGUGGAGUAUACUCUAUGUGACUGUAUCUGUUUUUAUUUUGAUCGUGGUCGUGGUAGGGCUUGCCUGGUUCUGCAUCUGCUGCUGUAAAAGCAGGAAGAGGACAAAGAUAAGAAAGAAAACAAAAUAUACCAUCCUAGAUAACAUAGAUGAACAGGAGAGAAUGGAGCUACGGCCCAAAUAUGGUAUAAAACACAGAAGUACAGAACACAACUCCAGUCUGAUGGUCUCUGAGUCAGAGUUUGACAGUGAUCAGGACACUAUCUUCAGCAGAGAAAAGAUUGAAAGAGAGAAUUCUAGAACACUUAUAAAUGGGUCCAUCAGAAAUGGAAUUUCCUUCAACUACAGCUCCAAAGACAGAUAACUAAAUGAGGGUAAAAGCACAGAACACACUGGUGCAACACAUCUGAAACAUGUUGGCCCACCUCUGUUUUUCCAGAACCAAAAUCUUCCUAAAAUAUCAACUAAUUUCAGAUUAAAGGGUAAAUUUUUAGUACAGGUAAAGGCAGAAGGAGGGAGAAAUUAUUAGAUGUCAGCUCUUGUCACCAUUAUAGGAACUAGAAAACAAGAAAAAGCACAUCUUAUUUCUUGCAUGUUCUGUGCUGAAUGUUUGAACUUCAGAAGGCCUUUUUUCUAUAUCACUGCUACAAACCUAGCCAGGGCUGCUACAAAACUAUGGUAACUAGAAAUGACAUACAGAUUCAUAUGUGCUUCUAAUGCUCUCUUUGGGAAGUGGUGUGACUUACAACAGCAAAAGCCAAUACAGAUGAAGUUCCUUACAGGCUCCAUCUUAAUUUUUAAUUUAGGAUGGAAACACAAAGAGCAUUUUUAGUGCAUUGUCUUUAUCCAACUGUACUUUGGGACUUCCUUUUCUAGGGUAGUGUUCAUUGGGUGAAAAUAUUGUGUUUUCAGAGAAAGUUAAGAACUAGAGCAGUUGCACUGGUUCGGCUGUAAUGUAACAUGGUAUAUCUAUGUCCUGUAGGAUGCAACAUUCCCUGCAUUCACACAGGAGGUGUAGUGUCUGCAGGGAAAUCCAGCCCUAGGUUGCUUCUGUAAUGAUCAAAUUGCUUUGGCUCUGCCAUGUCCAUUCAGGAAACUGUAGCAGGAAGGACUUGGUCUAAUGAACCUUGAGAAGCAUUUUGAGCAUCCAAAACAACCUUUCUAGAUCACUUUGAGGAGCUGUGGACCUUUUAAGACUGAAUGCUCAGCUGAGGUGAGUUUUCAUCUGUCAGCAUCAAGUGCUCACUUAAAGGAUGUGCUGGGCACUUGUGCAGUGAAAUGUUUGUGGCAAAUACCCUGUGUGGAGCAGGAGGUUCAUUGUACUUUCAUUGUCGUGGUAGUCGGUAUUGAGCAAUGUUUUAGAUUAAACAUGAGAUUUUUUGACUUUUUCCUCUCUAGCUAUUGAGUGACUGGAUGUAUUGGCCUAAAUAGAGCCUUUUAGGUCUUUGGCAAGGGUAGGUGUUAAUUGCAGUUCUGACAUUCUUGUUCACAGUCUGGGUAACUUCUUCAUAGUCUGCUUGUUUGAAAUUAUGUCUCCAAUAUUGCUUUUGAAAUCCCUAACUGAAGACCAUACUUUUAUACACAGGCCUCACUUGUGGGAGCAUCUGUGUCAGUGGUACUGUUUAGCCAUGAUGUCAGCUUUUCCUGGGGGUACUCUACUGAUGUACUGAAGUCUAGGGCUGAGAUGGAGGAAUGGUGUGUUUUAAUGGAGAAAAGAGUUUUGAAGAGGGUGUAUUUUUUAAUGUUUUGGGA